UCCGAUUUAUAAAACAUGUGACGUAAUUAUUUUUUUUGCACAAGAAGAACGUCGUCUGUUCUACCAACCUCUUUUGUUCACAGCCCGCUCUCGGUUACCGCUAAAAUACGGACAACGUGUAUCUAGCUAGUUACCGGGGAAUAACAUAAAGCUAGUAAACGUCAUACAGUGUGUUGUUUUGGGGUACUGCCGACUGAUUUGAAACUAAGUGAAUGAAAGCUUUGCAGAACGUGAGCGACAUGAGUUCCGACGCUAAGCCCGAGCCUAAAAAAGGCAAAAUGGAGAAUGAAAGCAAAUAUCUCCCCGAGCUUCUGGCAGAAAAAGACAGCCUGGAUUCGUCAUUUACUCACGCAAUGAAACUGAUAUCUGCAGAGAUUGAAAGGAUUCAGAAAGGAGAGUCAAAGAAAGAGGCAGAAAGAGAAACAUACUUGGACCUGUUUACCACAAAGAACAUCAAGGUCAAAGAACGUGUGCUAAUACCCGUCAAGCAAUACCCAAGGUUCAACUUUGUUGGUAAGAUUCUGGGACCCCAGGGGAAUACGAUCAAGCGACUCCAGGAGGAAACAGGAGCAAAGAUUUCUGUGUUGGGCAAAGGUUCCAUGAGAGACAAGGCGAAGGAGGAAGAGCUGAGAAAGGGCGGUGAGCCCAAAUAUGCUCAUCUGGGCAUGGAACUGCAUGUCUUCAUAGAGGUGUUUGCCCCCAUACCUGAGGCAUACCUGCGCAUGGCUCAUGCAAUGGAUGAGGUCAAGAAGUUCCUCAUCCCUCAGGACACCAUGGAUGGUAUCUGCCAGGAUCAGUUCAUGGAGAUUGGCUACCUAAAUGGAGGUCAGGACUCACAAUCCAGGGGAAGAGGGGGGCCCCCAGGCAGGGGCAGGGGAGCACCCCCACCCAACUCUGCAGGAGCCAGGGGGCGAGGAAUGCCACCUCGUGGAGGAGCCCCUCGUGGUGGAGCUUCCCGAGGAGGGCCACCCAGGGGUGGGUCUACCAGAGGGGCUCCAGCUGGUCGGGGUGGACCCCCCUCCACACCCGCUAGAGGAGGCACAGCUCAACGUUCCAGACCCCCCGCACAAGGGACGCAAAGGAUGCUCCCAUCCCCAGCCCACUCCCACCAGCAGCACCAUCAGCAGCACCAACAUGCGCAACCACCCAAGGCUGAGGCCUAUGAUGAAUAUCCUGCCUAUGAAGAAAGCUAUGCUGAGCCUGCAUAUGAAGGUUAUGACAGUUAUUACAGUCAACAACCUCCACAAGCGGAUACAGAGUACUAUGACUAUGGACAUGGAGAGGCUCAGGAGGCCUUUGAACCCUAUGCCCAGGACGAUUGGGAGGGUUCGUGGCCCACCACUGGAGGCAAAGCCCCUCCUGCAAGGCAGGACAAGCGGGGGUCCUACAGAGAGCAUCCAUACGGAAGAUACUGAACGGCUCUGGUAGAGGGUUGCCCUGGCAACUGUCUCCCGUUGUAAAUCACUUUUAACUCUGAAGUAAUUUCCCUCUUUCUUUAAUUUUUUUUUAAUGGUUUGAGAGCAGGGUAAUUGGAUGUAUCGCAUCGAGUAGGCGUAGCAAGCAAAUUCAAGGAUUUUGAUAAAACGUUUCAUUCAAUGUUUGUUUCCACUGCAUCUUUGAGUUAAGAUCUAAUUUAAUGGUUGCUUGAAGAUUAAAAAAAAAAAAAAAAAAAAAACUUGAUACCUUGUGUAGUUUAAUGUUCAAAAAUGUUAUUUCAGUUUGUCUGUCAUGAGAGGAUUCAGUGGCAGUUGCAGACUCAUUUAGGCUGCACUUCAAAAGUAUUUUUAGCUAAUAAACUUGAUCAAUGACAUCAAUGUAACAUCGGCAACUUAGAAUGAAUGGGGAAGAACCUAAAUAAAUUUCUGGACAAUUUUUUUUGUAUAAUCUAAAAUUCCAUAGGUUCAAUUUUUUUAUUUUUCUUAUUGAGUUUUGAAAUCUAUCCUUAUUAGACACUUGAGACAGUCUGUCCUAAAAUAUCUCGAGUCAUUUCAAUUUGACUUGAUUGUGUAGUACAUUCUACUAUAGAUAUCUUUUGCGAUUGGCUUACUUUAGUCUACAUCUUAUUGGGCUGACUGUAAUUCUGGUGAAUUACUCUAUUUUGUGUCCUACCAAGAUUUGGACAUGGUCUUUAUGUAAGAACUGCAGCCAACUCAAUAUUAUGUACAUAAACUAAGGACAAUUGUAUUGCUAUCUAAAGUUGUGCAGUCUCCAAAAUGCAUAGUGCUAUAUGUGUACUCUUGCCUAAAUAGGAUACUAAAUAUAUCCACAAAUGUUUUGCUGCAGUGCGUUGUAUCAAUAAAGCCUAAUUUGUUUUUGUUUUUUAUCCAACUAAACCUGGUAUUUUGCUUUUGUUGUAUAGUAAUGCCUUCCACUAAUAAAACUGAUCCUCAUUUUGAGGUUCUUCAC